UGAUCCGAUCCGGUCCGAUCCAGAUUUUGUUAACACCUAACGCGCAAAACCAUGUUAGUUGCACCACAGGGGGUCUCUCUGUCAGUGUGCAGGUCAACAAGGAGGUGACACUUGGCGAAAUUUUGCUGUUCUCGGCGGAGUUGGGUGCAUUAUUUUUCUUCGGAUCGUUUUUGAUAUGGCUAGUGGUGCAAGUGAUGACACAUCCAUGAAAUUUUGGCUUCGGGCGGAAUCGAAACCGCACGAACAACGCACUCCACUGACACCAGUCACUUGCAAAAAGCUACUUUAUGCCGGUAUGUCUUUUUAAACUUUAUUUUACCGUGCACUAAGUCAGUUCUAGCGCUUAUGCAUUUAUUGUUGAGUUACUCAAUCAAUGUUUAUUGAAUAAACUUGCUGAUUAGAGUUUUAGACUCGCUUAACCGUUGGUUUUUUUAGCUUUUGUAAAAUAAUAGUGGGUGUAUCCGUUCAAUACUCACUCGCAUGUCCAGUUGUUUAUUUGCACUGCACAAGAGAGUCGUGGUUCUCGUUGAAUCUCUUUCAAAAUGCUUAUUUUCGCUAGUCCAAAUGAAAAAAAAUUACUUUACAUGUAUUACGUGAUUCUUAUGAGUGCCACGUUUUCAAGGUACAUUUUUUGCGAACUUUUUCAAUUUUUUAAAACAUUCGACUUGAUAUGUCGCCAUGCUUUCCAUAAUUCCGGGAUGAGUUCACAGUGAGUUUGUAGGCGCCCAGUCUCGAUGCCAUUUAAAAGAGACGAAAAGCAGGUGAAUUAUAUUUUCGAGAAAAGACUUCUUUUGGCGUGAAGGAGACUUUUUAGCUACUACUACAACGUGUAUAAUAGAGUCUGUUAGCUGUUGAUAUGUUUACGAAAUCAUACGAAUAAUCUGCAUACCACGAGUAAUGGCUCGAGCGAAACGAGAUCACAGUCAUGGUUCAGUGAUAAAAAAGAAUAUAUUUGCAAGCAUAAGAUAUCAGCUCUAAUUCUGUCAAUAAGAUAAAACGGCCCGCAAACUUGACCUUGAAUAUCCAUUUUGAUUUCUGUUCAAUUACGCAAAUUAACGAUAUCCUUGGUAGCUCGAACAUAAUAGCCGUUUGGAUUUCGCGUGAGAUCUAAUCCCGGUAUUGUUCAGCAACUUUAAAGAAUGCUUAAAACCGAAUUAUACUUAAUAAAGUUAAUCUUGUGCGGAACAAAAUUUUUAAGUACGUUAGCAAAGAACAAUUUUGGUUUGAUAUUCGACUGGUAAUCGCUGGUACGUUAAGAACGAAUGCCGAUGUAUUUUCCAUUUAUUAAAAUAAAAGAGGUCCACAUAACAAAGGAACAAUGACGUUGAAAUCCUCCGAAAGCUGUGCACAUCACAUGCAAGACUAGGAAUAAAAGGAGAUCUUUGUCAUGUUUUUCCAAGCCUUGAUAAGAUUGAUCGAUAAGAUUUACCUGGUCCGAGUAAUACAAACAAUUUGGAGUUGUUAUUAACAUUGUUUUGUAUUUUCUGUUUAAAGGUCACCAGGUUUUUGUGGAAAAGUCGGAAGACCGAGUUUACAAAGAAGUUGAUUAUGAAAGGUGGUAGAUUGAGAUUGAACAUUGAAAAAUUGAGAAAGUAACAUAAAAGUUCUCUAGAUAUGGCUAGGUUAAAAGUUUCAAGGUUAGGUUGCAAUAGUUACAAGAAUGUUUAACCCUUAAAUACCCAGGAGUGAUUAACAUGUCACUUCUCCCUUCAGUGUUCAUACAUUAUCCAGCAAACAGGUAAUGAGAAGACUCAAACUAAUCAAGUGGAAGAUGUUACCCUGAUCUAACACCAAAUGCUUGUGACCAGUUUAGAAGGAAAUGUGUAGCAUCUAGAAGGGAGAAUUAACAAUCAGAUCUUAGGAGUUAAAGGGUUAAGAUUUCUUUCAUGUUCUUGGAAUCCUAAAGAUCUUGAAGCUUUUAUAAAUUUGUUUUAAAUGUGACGCAUGUUUUCAUCUUUCAUGUAGGGUUGGUUGUAAAAUUGUUGAAGAAGGAAGUUGGACAGAUGCUACUGCAGAUGCUUACAUAGUGGGGAUUAAAGAACUGCCAAGCGAGGAUCAUCCCCUGAAAAAUCCUCACAUUUACUUUGGCCAUGCCUAUAAGGUGAGAAGUACAUUCUGUUUUGUCUUCUAACUUUGAAUCAUUUACAUGAUAUCAAUGAAAAAUGCAACAUUUUUUGAAUGAUUACAGAAGUAGCCACAGAGUUUACCAUCAUCCCUUGUUUAACCCACAUUCAAGUAAUCUUUUAUUAUCAUUGCUUGUUUGAAAUCUGUUUGGUAGAUGGCUUCCUUUUCUGUACAAAUCAUUUUUAACAUCCUCAGAGAGACCCUUUGUCUGGUAAAGUUGUUUUAUUCAAGCUUACUGUUUCCUAAUCUUUAUAGUUAUUAAUGACUUUUUUUUAGAGAUGUAGUACAUAGGAGUAAAUGGUUUGUAUUCUGGACUUACAUUAAUGAAGUCUAGAUUCAAGUGUGAGCUUGGCUGGUUGAAUAAUACCUUUGACUAAGAAAUGAGUUACUAUCAAAAUAGAAGCCUGUAUUCAACCAUAAAAAGACUAUGAAUUGGUAUCAGGGAAGCUGUUGAAAUGCUAGGAGGAAGUGUGAAGGUUUGACAUAUGAUUCAUCCACCUGGGGCAUAAGCCAGUUGGUCCAUGCAGUUAACUUGACUGGUUAUCAGAACUGGGUUUAAGAUACUGCAGUGUUUACCUGCAUCAGGGCUGUAAGCCAUUCUGGAAGUUGUAUUUAUUCUGAUGUAAAUUGGUUAAAAUCCAUUUUGCACUAAGAAGCACUGAAAACAAUGAGUGGGUUAACACCUAAUACUUCUACCUGAAUCUCCAGAUAACUUACAGAAUUUCUUUAUAAUUAUCAGUUGUUAUGUAUUUGAUUGUUUUCAAAUUUGCAGACUACUUUCUGUUCAUCAUGGGCAGAGGAAUGCGUGAAACAUUACUCAACCCUUUCACUCCCGAGAUCUCAUUAGUAAUUCUCCUUACUAACUGUUGUACAAUUCUUAUGAUUUUAGUUCUGAGAAUUUGUUAUUGGAUCAACUGAUAAUCCCUUAAUUGAUAUUUCUCUUUAUUCUCAUCACUUGUCUGCUAAAAUUGUAUGGAUAUGGCAGAGAGAAAUUCUCUCUUGAUCACUUGUGGAUGUUAAAGGGUUAAUAACUGUCUUGAUAAAACAGAAGCAACCUUUGGUGCCUGCAGCUUAGAAUUAUAACAAAAGCUUGGAUUUUACAAGUAUUACUUGGUUUUCAUUGUUCUACGAAAUGUGACAGUAAAGUUACUACACAUUCUAACAGAAUGUUGCAGCCAGAAUCCCUUGUUACAACACGAUGAUUCAAAGAGUCAUCGAUCAUUUCGAAAUUAACAAUGAUGUUUUCUUCUCAGACGUGGCUGUUUGACUUUGUGCUGUCAGGGGACACAGGUUAGCCUGGAACCCUGCUGACUUAAUUUCCAGUAUUACACAUUGUAGAAAUUUUGAGAAAAAUUCCUACAUAUGUGAUUAAGUUGGUUUUUCAAAAUAAAUGCUUUAUGAAAAUAUGCUCAUCUAUCCAGAAUUUGUACAGGCAUCUCUAGAUACUUUAAAUAUUAGGAUCUUUAUUGAGAAAUUCCUGGGUAAAAUAGCAUGUCUUGUAAUGUGUACACAUACAAACUUGUGAUUAUUAUGAAAAACCAUGACCAGUAUUCUGUAUAGAAUUCUUGGCAAUUAAGGUGGAAAUAAAUUUUAGGAUGGGCAUGCUUCUGCAAUGGAACUGAUUUGUUUGUUUCCAUGUUCAUUUACAUGGAGAGUACUUUUAAGUUUUUUAAAUUUCUUAUACAAUAAUGAUGUAUAAUGAAUGAUUAUAACAUCAGAGAAUUUCUUGUCUUUUAUAACACGAAUCUAACCACACCACUCUCUCACAACAUUCACCUAAAGUCUGAUGAAAGUUUUUGGAAAUAAUUUUUACUUGUUAAAGAGAAAACUAAGAUGAUUGAUUUGAAAAGUGUUGUGGUUUCAUUAAUUGAAAUUUAAAGCACUAGCAGCUUGAAAAAGCAAGUAGACAAAAAUAUGAAUAACAGGAGGUUUAAUAAAAAAGACUAGUCAUGUUAAUACUGAACUUCAAAAGCUUGUUUGCCUAUUGUGGCAUCAGGAACUUGUUUGCUGAUUCUGUUACUGUGUGUUUUUCAGGGACAGGAUGGCUGGAGUGACCUGCUGCAGAGGUUCCAUCAAGGUGGUGGUGAACUACUUGAUGUUGAGUUUAUUGUCAAUGACAGUGGUGAGUACUUUAAUUUCUAGCUUUAAACAAGUUCCUUGCUUUAUGAGAUUGUAGCCCACCUCAUGUGACCAUUCAGUAAGGAAACAAGUUUGAAACAAGUUGCACCUGCAGACAGGAAUAUUGCAGUCAUGGAGAUGUCACAAGUGAGAGCGUCAGUGGAGGGUUCAAGGACUGAGAGCUGGCUGGGUUGAUGUGUUGUGUUCUUGGGCAAAACACUGUAACAGUGCUUCUCUCCACCCCGGGGUAUAAAUGGGUACCCACUAGUGGUCAGGGAAGCUUGAUGAAAGGCAGGGGUUGGUUGGCCUCACACCCAACUUCCCUUCCUUCCAUCUUCUAGCCAAGUCAAAUUUAGAGAACAAACUGAGUGGCUUCUUGAGUUGAUGCAUCAUUAAAUAUUAAAUCAUAUGACCACAAGAAUAUGGUAGAAAUGACAAUUUGAAUGAGAAAAAUCCAAACAAUUUUGAUACCCAGCAGUAAAGAUAGUCAGAAACUAUGAUUUGCUAGAGCAUGCUGCAUUUGCAAUCAAGCCAGAGCUCCAACCAAUUCACAUGGUAUCUUAAACCAUAACAAGCUUCUCUAGAAUGAGGUGACUUAUUCAGAACAAAGUGCUGACUGCCAUGUAUAAUUUGGACUUUGAAAAUAGGAGUCAAUUCUUUCUGUUAUUAACUGGCUGAACAGUUUUUCAAAACAAAUGAUGUCUGCUGCUUUUCUUUGUAGGUAAACGAGAAGUUGCUGAGUUUGGACCAAUGGCAGGAAUUGCUGGAGCUGCUCUUGCAAUAGCAGUUUGGUGUCACCAGCAACUUAAGUAUGGAUUUCAUUGAAAAAAAUUGAUGAAUCAGUCUCUUGGCUCAGCUUUAUCAAAAAAAUGUAAACAAGUUCUGUUGAUUAUUUUCAAAAUGAUGUUUGUUAUUAGGCCGAAUGAGAUGUUCCCAAGUGUUACUCCAUACAUGUCUGAAGAUGACAUGCUGAACCACUUGAAAAGCCAAUUACAGCUGAUUGCAAAUGAAAGAGGUAUGUCCACAAUGUAAUUAUUUUCAAAUGAAUUAUUAAUAUUUAUGGGAUUAACCUCCUGGACUGUCUAAAUAAAAGCUGACUGCUGUUGGUGAGAUGUUAUGGGAUGAAAAAGGAGGAGAUUUCAAAAGAAUCUGAAGCUGAGGGGAAAAAAGUUUCUUGAAAAACAACUAAAACCCUGGACCAGGAAGUAAUGCAAUGUUUAUUGAGUAUCAUGUCACAUUUGGUAGGAGUUCCUGAGAUUUACCCAAAGGUGUUGAUUAUUGGAGGAAGUGGUCGUUGUGGCCAAGGAGCUGUUUACAUUUUGGAGAAGACUGGAAUUCCAAGGUAAGUUUUUUUUUCAAUGAAACUGAUAAUGUGUUUCCCCAAGACUUUUCUUUUAACCUUUUAACUCCUAAGAUCUGAUUGUCAAUUCUCCCCUCUAGCUGCUACACAUUUCCUUUUAAAUUAUUACAAGUAUUUGGGGUUAGAUCAAGAAAACAAUUUCUACCUGAUAUGUUGGAGUAUUCUCAUUACCUGUUUGCUGGAUAAUGUAUGAAUAAUAUAGGGAGAAGUUUCAGGUUAAUCACCUCUGGGACUUAAAGGGUUACCUUUUACUUUUUUCAUAACCUUGAACUGUAGCUUUUGAAACUUCUUUCCCCUCCCUCUACCCAUAAUAUUUUGAGUACCCCCUUGUGAGGUAGUUCAGGGGUGUUUUCUGAGACAGUGUAUCAAGGAACAACAGUGCAAGUGUAUUCAGAUGUGAUAUGUGUGCUACAGUUGUGGUUUAAGUUAUCAGUUGUUAUUUUAUGUUUGAAGCAAAAACAUUGUCAAGUGGACAAGACAGGAGACACAAGGUGGUGGACCUUUCCCUGCCAUCUUGAGUUAUGACAUCUUUGUCAACUGCAUCUUCUUGUCAAAGGUAAUGAUUGAAACUUCAUUUUGAUUGAAAGUGUUUUAAAUAAUGUAGUGUCUCUUAUAAUAGUCUUGAAUUUUUCUUUGACAGAAAAUCCCUCCAUUCUUGACAAAGGAAAUGUUCCAUAACAACACCAGGUAUUCUGAGAAAAACAUUGUUGUCAGUUAGUUGAUUCUUCUCAUUUCAAGUUCUGUUGCUUUGUUAUUUUUCCAGUUUAACCUACCUGUAUGUUUCUGGUUGUUUUAGAAACUUAACAGUUAUUUCUGAUGUGAGUUGUGAUUGUACCAGUCCUGAUAAUCCACUACCAAUCUAUGACACUAUUACUACCUUUGUGAAACCAACACAUCGGCUUGAUAUGAGGUGGGGAAAAUAAUUUGAGUUGCAUAAAUUAUUUUACCAAUAGUGAGAGGCUGUGAGAGUUGAUAGACCAUUCCCAAGCUCUAAAACCCUUCAUUUCAUAAUGAGGCUAAGUGCAGGACCUUUUAUGUCCACAGGGUUGUAUUUACAUGAGAACAAGAAGCUAUUUUCUUAUCAUAAAAUGUGUACUUAAACCCUCAUUUUAAAACAAGGGACCAGUUCAUCUCAAAAAUUGCCCUGAAAUAACUAUUCCUUUGCCUAUUACAAUGUAUUCACUUUGGCUCUCAAUGAUAUCUUAAGUUGUUCAAAAUCUGUAAACUUUAAUUCACUUUCCAAUAAUUUAUGUCUUUACAGCCCAAGUACCAAACUAUUGGAUGUCAUUGCAAUUGAUCAUCUUCCAUCCCUUUUACCAAAGGAUAGCAGUGAUAAAUAUGCUGCUAAACUUCUUCCUUUCCUUUUGAAACUUCCUGAGGUAUGUCAGUGGAUAAAUAAGGGAAAUUGUUUGCAAAGUGAUGGUUACAGAUUGAAGAAGUAUCCUUCGGAAACCAUGAUUUUUAUCUCUGCCAUUUGUAAUUGUGGUACUGACUAAAAUUUUAGAUUGAUUUCAAACAAGUAAUCCAACUGCAGAUGUACCAAAGAUUUGAUGAGAUGCAGCUAUUUUCUGAGAUAGCUGUAUUUUUCAAAAUAGCUUUUUUAACAAUUAAAUUUGUUACUAAGCAACCAGGUAGCUGUAUGUGACCUGAAAGACUUCAACUCAGAACCAGAGUGAGAACAAAAUUAAGACACAGAGGCUGAGAACUAGUUUAGCAGCAUUUGUUACAUUGCAUCUUGUAGUACCUCUUACUAACGGCCAAGUUACUGGGUUGUUCUCCAGAAUGGAGGCUUUCUCAUUUUGCAUUUCCAAUGUAUUUGUGGGCAAUUAUUGUCAAAAGAGUUAGUUUCACUUCAGAAUCUCUGCAAGAACUAAAUGUUUAUGUGUACUCCUUUAACAAGAAAUGUGCCACAAAUGUACCAAGAUCAUACUUGGAAUUAAAUACUUGGAAUUAAAUAGGAAAGCGACCCUGACAAUAUUGUCCUAGGUUGUUGUUACCCUGUUUUUCUUUUACCAUAAACUGGGCAAGAAGCCUUUGGGUAUUAUUUUAGUGAAACCAAGGUUCUGAUUUGCUGCUUGAACUCAUUUUUAGGCAUCCACUUAUCCUCCAUGGGUCAGAGUCAAGAAUAUCUACAGAGACAAAUUGAAGGAAGCUCUGGCAGGGAAUGAAAUGAGAACCAGGAAGGAAUCUGUAGCAAGAGACGAAGCAGAAUUGUCCUCCUCAUCGGAGUUUGAAAGUGAAUGAAAGACACUUAUCUAAGGGUGGUUCUACAAUUUGAUAUCUAGUCCACCAAAUUUUAUAAUUUGAUAUGUAGUCCACCAUAUUUCAGAUGCCACUUAAUAUUCUGCAAGAUGUUAAUUUUUUUUUUAUAGAAAUGGACUGAUUCAAAUUCAUACUGGAACUUGAUAAGGAAAAACGUUGAGAUGAUUUUUUGAUCCCAUCCAGUUAAAAACACUUCAUAUCUCAUUUUGACCUCUGGCACAAUGAUUACCAGCAUAUCAGUUCCAUGGUGGGACUGUUUGAGUCGCUUGAUUGAAGAAUCAGUGUUUCAUACUUUAGUAUUCAGUUUUUCCUAAGGGAAGUUUCUAUUAUGGAUUUGAGGUGGUGUAGUGAGCAGGAAAUCGUUUUGCUGCAGUUAAGAUUCACCCAAAAGCAGGACUUCUCACAUUCUCUAUCAUAUAUACUGAACUUAUAAUGAUGGGGCAAAAUUGUAUGGUUCACUUUGAAGGUCUCUUGUGACUCUAUGUAAUAAGCCUUAAUAAUCCUUGGGAUUUCAUGGUACCGGUGUUUAAUAUGCAGUUGUAUACACUGACACUUGUGUUAAGUUUUUGUAAGCUUUCUGAUUUCUAGUUGUAAUUGUUUUUGGCUCUUAGUAAACUGACAUAACAGAACAUUGACCUUUAAUCUCUUCGGCCGAUCAUUGACAGAAAAAAGCUUUGCAAACAUACAACUUUGAAAAUAAUUUGCGACGCUUUUUUGGCUCUGCAUCUCGCACAACAACGAGAAAGAUUGAGACCUCGCGAAACAACGUGCCCCUUGAAGGACCUGCUACAGGGUUGGCCAAUCCUAGCUUUAUUGGGACGCAGUAAUAGCAAAGUCGCGUAUUGUUUUAUUGGAAGUAAAAUCAUCACAAAACCAUACAACAUUGAAUAGCUUUUUAGUUGAACAAUAAGGAACCAUUUAAUCCUUAAUUUGGCGGCCCGAAAAGCACCCUUGACCCUUUAACCCUAAGAGUGAUUAACAUCCAAUUUCUCCGUACACUAUCAUCCCUGAAACACACUUAGGUCAGGAGAAUAAAUGAAAUGAUCAUAAACUAGAGAAGCUCUUGAUUGCGUUCGACGUUAGGAGAACGCUUCGUAAUCUUUGGGGAUCCUGUGGUCGAUGGGAUACCUGUGCAUGCCAGGCGUGAAGAUUCGAGAUUUUUGGUUACUUGGACGGGCGAUGUUCAAAAUCUGCGCCAUUUUGAAUAAUUAUUAAGCGCACGCACGAAUUUUAAGCCCAAUAGCCGGCCAAAGAAAUUGCGGGCUCACCUGGUCAUAAUUAAUUUCCUUUAUUAUGAUAACUAUUUCUAAAUAGAAAAACACAUUUUAUCAUCCCCGUACAACACAGAAAAUGUGGUGUUAGAUCUAUAAAUGCAUGUUGUGAAAGCUUUACAGUUUCUCUUUCAUUUUAUACUAAAUUUUAGAAGUAGUUCACAUUUUCAAAAUUGUUUAAUAACAUAGAUUUAAAUAAAAUUAAUGCUUACAUUUAAGCACGUUUUCAUCUAUUCUCUUACUACUUACUAACACUUAACUACCACACCAACUACAGUAAAACUUGUAUAUGUACACGCCCGAUGGACUGCGACGACUGCCUCUUCAAAAACCAUACGAUAUAACUAGCCUUUAAAACCUUUUCGUACACAGAGUAAAUACAGGUUUCACAAUACGCCAUAACCCUUUAUUUGACAACAUACCAUAGGCAUAUUCAUCUAUCCUAAUAACCAAAAAACAAUAUUUCCCCUUUGAAAUGCCGAACGCACUUCCCUAAUCUCCGAUUACUACUAGUUUUUAAAGAAAUUCACGUUGUUAACACCUUAAGAAAUGCAUAGAGAACCAUAUGGGAAAUAUGCACAAGAAUGUCAGGGUGUAAAAGUUAAAGAAUCUUGUUUUCAGGAAAAACUUAAUCUUUUUACCCAGAGCCCCUUUCUUGAGCUCGAUUUCUGCCGUUUUUUGAGUCCCAUCUUCGAUUCUCCCGAGACGGACUUCGGGGGUGAGCGCAGGCUCAUUCCCGAGUAGUGGUUGUGAAUUGUGCCCACGUGCACCCCACUCCCUAAGACAACCCCUUUCUUCCCUUCGCUUUAGGAAAUCAUUAUACAUUCGAACACUGACUUCGAAUCGUAACGGACUCUUCUUUGUACUAAUUUAACAAUAGUUUGUCUGCCUUGCAUUUCAGCGGUAAUUCGUUGGGCUUAAUGCUUUCGUAAACUUUGCCCCGUUUACUAGAGAAAGAAUUCAAACGAACUAGACUCAAUCAAACUGUUUUAUUCCACUCUCGUAUUCGCUUAAGUACAACAGGUGUGUAAAAAGCUACUCGUCCAAAAUUUGUAAGAAAUCACACUCUUAUACGAUUUUCUCUACAUUGUGAUUGGUUGUUCCUAAUUACUAAUUUAAAAGGUAAUUCAAGGUUGCGUUGAUCAUGUAAACCGAUCAAUGUCCCAAAAUCACUUAAGGCGGUGCUUCUAGCUCUUGACAUUAUGUUCACACUCAUUAUCUGACAUGUGUCACGCACGAAUCGCAAAGUCUCCGACUCUGUUGUGUUACAUGUUUGUUUUGGAGUGUGAUUCAGGUUGAUUUUUACUGUCCCCUUAACAUGUGCCCAAACUCCUGAGACUAAUAUAUUUUCCAACGAUUUCAUCGUAAACGCAUCCUUUAACUGAAAAAGUAAACUUUUCUGAGCGUCUCCUAUCUCGAAACAAUACAUCUCAAACAGAAUUGUAAAGGCUUUUAGUGAAUCAAAACUCCCACCUUAUUUUACCAACCACCUAUUUCCAUUCGUAAAAGUAAACCCCCGCCCCACCGCCCCUCUACUCUGCGUCCUUAUACUACCCCUCCCUUGAUGUGAUUUGUUUUAAAUACGUCCUCUAAGGCUGACAGGGACAGUCGGCGAUAACCGUUAUUCUGCUGGAUAUUUCUUUUGUAACGAACAGUAAAGAGGAGUUGCAGUAUUUUUAGGAAUAUAAUGAGUAGUUGUAAUGUUCAUCACAUUUGGCUUCGCGCGGAGACAAAACCAAAUGAGCAGCGGAGAGCUUUGACCCCCGAUAAAUGCCGGGAGUUAAUCGAAAAAGGUAAACUUGAAGGUUAGGUUAGUCCUUAGCGAAUGAUGUGACACUUGUCCAUAGGAAAUAAGCUAGUGUAUUUCGAGGAGUUCUUAAAGGCUAUUUAUUUCUCCUUCCCUCGUUAGAAAUGUAUGGAAGUAUAAGAUUAAUCCUAUAUUAAUAUUUUGGUCGAUUUCUGAGUAAACAGUCGCUCUUUGCUUGCAAGAGCGCUAUGAUGAAUAGAAACUAGACAAGUUUGUGUUGGGAUAAACUUUGGCUUCUUUAGUUGGCCGAUGGAAUACCUGAACCAAGGACACUAUCUUUGAGCCCAUAAUUUCAAGUUUGACCACUGCAUGGCAGAGGUCGUCAGAACCUAUUUCCAAAAUUAUCACCUCGGUUCUUGAACGCCCCACAGUGGAAAGGUCAAAUUUUGACAUUUUCCCUGCCGUGCAACCUCUUCUUGCAUGAAAGGAGAACUACUCCGGAGCUGACAAAUUAAGGUCCCGCCUAACCUGUUUUUCAGACUCUGUCAUGGAAAGGCCCUCUAAUCAGAAAAUGCUAUUUAAUUGCAACUGCUCGGGUGUACUACCCAUUUUUAUUUCCUCACUAAGAGCCAGGAUCUGAUAGAGUGAGUUAAUUAUCCAACUUUUUUUUUCUAGGUUUUCAAGUUUCUGUAGAAUAUUCUGACCAGUCUGCCUUCAAAAAUGAGGAAUAUCAGUGGUAAUAUGCAUGCUAUUUUUUUGGUCUACAGUUCUUCAGGGUGAAAAGCACUUUUGUUAUCAGUCAUGUGUAAGUUAAUUUGAGGCUGAUUUUCACAUUUUUUUUUUCAUAGCAUACCAGGAAUCAAUAUGGUCCGAGCUGGAUCAUGGGUCAAUGCUCCGAGUGAUGCUAUAAUUUUGGGGCUCAAGGAGCUUCCCCAUUCACAUGAUCCAGUAUCUCAUAGACACAUUUACUUUGCUCAUGCUUUUAAGGUAAUGUUACCAAGCAUUUAGCUUUAACAAAGGGGAGCAACAUCCAGAUGUGGUAGAACAAACACUUUGCAUAAUGAUUACAUAACUCUUAAAGGGGAUUAAGGGCCUAAUUCUUCGUAGGGCAGCUAUCUUUACAUAUAUCUUUUUAAAAAUAGUUUUGAAGUGAGGCUUAAAAGAAAGGUCUAGAUUCAGUGUAACACCUAAGAUUUUAAAAGUUGGCUGAACAUCAGUAGUUUCAUAUGUGAUUAGGGGAUUGUGGGCGUGAUGGGGUUUGCUCAAUGACUUUCAAAUAGUUGGUAAUAAACCACCUAGUCAAGUCUGUUAUACUUUGAGUCACAGUUGAUGGAACUUCAGGUGGAUGUUCUUGGGAAGUGGGUUGAGUCAUGUCAUCAGGAUAUAGCCAUAAGGAGGAUGUUACUGUUGAGAAGUUGAUUUUAUUCAAAUUUUCAAUAAGGGCUACGAGUCCUCAGCUUCUAUGUUUGCUAUGAAUGAUCAACUAAAAAGGUUCGAACUAAAAAUGAAGGAAUGGUAAAGGGCUAGCUUUGUUGGCUCAGUUGAGUUGCGGUCAGCUGAGCAUGUUGCUAGCAGAAAACUAUCAUACAUAAAUUUCCUUCUGAGUUGAAAACAAACCUUUUAACCAGCAAAAGGCCUUAAAGGCUCUCUUGUAGAACACCACAGUGGGUUGGCAGUCUGUCUGAAACAUUCCAUUGCACUUGAAAUGAAGACUUAGGUAGUUUGUGCAAUCUAUUUUGUCCUGGGUGCAAACUAAUUUACACAGAACACAUUUCAAUGAUCAUUUACAGUUGCAGUUAAGAAUGACCAAAAAAGCUUAAUUUUUUUGUUUGAUGCAAGAAAUUGACUUCAUUUAAUUCUCUUUAUAAUUAAUAUUGAGAAAGUUUUAUAUUGAAAUUGAAUAUUGGUCCUGAAACCUUUUUAUGCCUGCUUCAUUUACCAAACAGGAUAGAGAUACUUUGUUGAGUGUAAUGAUGAGAUAUCUGUAAGAGAGGGCAAUAGCUCAUGACACAUAAUUAUCAGUUUUAAAAAUCCCUUGUAUUUGUUUCACAGAAUCAGACAGGUUGGGCAACAUUACUCCAUCGUUUUAUUAAGGGAGGAGGCAGCAUUUUAGACAUUGAAUUCAUGACAGAUGAAAAUGGUGAGUUGAACAUCAUCAAGCCCUUUUGAGGACCCUUUCAUUUUGUGUACAAUCUCUUGAGCUUUGGUACUGUACUUACACCAAUAUUAUUUGUCCACCAGCCCCUUUUGUAUUUUCCUACCUAUAUUACUAUUUAUUACUAAUAUUACUAUUUAUUCAAUGCUCAAAUGUUCCUAUCUUCCUGUACCAAUUCUAGCAUUCGAAACAUUUAAAAUCUUUCAGGUUCUUGUUCAAGAAAGGUUAUGGUCACUUUAGAAAAGACAUAGAAUUCUUGAAAAUCAAUAAUUUAUUGCAAGAAGGGGGAUGGAGGAGGGAGAAAAUUUAAGUGAAUUCAGAAAGGUUCUUGUGAUUGGAAUAUCAAUUGAUACCUUUUGCUCCAUUUUUCUAGGAAGACUCCAUGGGAUUUUCUUGCUUUUUUCCCCUUAAUUGCGUAUAAAUUUUGUGAAGUCAAGAUGAUUUAAAGUUUGAAUUAUUGUUUUUUAAGGUAGAAGAGUUGUGGCAGAAUUUAGUGGAAUGGCAAGACUUGGUGGAAUGGGACUAGGAAUACUUGCUUGGUGCCAUCAACAGUUGAGGUAUGAGGUACAAAAGGUAAUCUAGUCUUAAAAGAUAACUUUUUAAAGGUCAUGUUUAAGUUUACUUUCAUUAUCAACAGUCCUGAUAAGCCAAUGGGUGAGGUGAAACCAUAUGGUAAUGAAGCUGCUUUCAUUGAUCACAUUACACUACAAAUCAAACAAGUUGCUGAAUUAAAAGGUAUUUAUAGUGUGAAUAAACAGUCAUCCCUCUUCACACCUCAAUUCUGAUUCUCUUCAGAAAAUGAGCUAAAAAAUUGGUGGUGCCAUCCACUUAUGUGAAAGAAUUCAAUGGUGUUAACCAUCAGUUAAAUGAGGAUCCAGGUUGUUUUACUUUUUAGGUCAUUGGUUGGAACAAAGUUGGUGACAAGUUGGAGCAACUGGUAUCUGUUACAGACUGCUUUAUGUGUUCUGCUUCCUAAACACACCACUGUAGUUCAUUCUACUGGAAUUACAGAUCAUGUUUUAUUUCUCUUAGGAGGAGUAAAAAUGUUGAACUUAUUACAUUGGUACUUCAGAUAACAUAUACUCCGGUGACCUCUUGCUCAUCAAAUGUACCACCCAAUUUGGAAGGUUAUCAAAUAUAUUGUUGCCAGAUUAAGUGUGUGAAGAGGGAUAUGUCUGUUUGUGUUGUUGUAAGUCUACAUUCCAAGCAAAAUUAAGCACACAUGCUUCACCUUGGAUAAAAAGAAUAUUGUUGUAUGAUUGCUUGCCAUUCUUCAUAAUAGGUGUUCAAAAAGUUUUCCCUCGAAUUAUGGUGAUUGGUGCCUUGGGUCGCUGUGGAAGAGGAGCAUUAGAGAUUGCCUAUAAACUGGGUAUUCCGAAGUGAGAUCUUGAUUUAAUAUUACAUUACAGAAUAUUGUCAAUAAGCUCCAAGCAGUUGGAUAAUGAACAACUUAUUAGAUGUUUUGUUGUAUAGUAUUGGUGGGCAUGUUUGUAGUUUGACUGGCCCUGUAGGCACAACUCAUAAAAAUUCUUAGCAAUACUGCACACCAAAAUGUCCAUUAUUAUAUAUAUAUAUAUAUAUAUAUAUAUAUAUAUAUAUAUAUAUAUAUAUAUAUACAUAUACAUACUAUAGGGUUAUUACCACAUUACACCAAUAGUCAAAUGAAUAACCCUAGACCUAAAUGCAUAAUUGAAUGAAUGAGUAUUAGAUUCAUAGAAAUUGAUGCAACCAUGAUUAAUUCUUUAUGAAAUUGUUGGAUUGCUAGCCAAGGUUAUUUUCAAGGGAUGAUUUUGAGUUAACUGUUAAAGUUAGUGAUUUAAUGAAAGAUAAAUGAACAUUGAGUUUGAUCUGCAAAAACAUUAAGAAUCUGAUUAUUCCCACUAUGGAUCUCACUGGCAGGUCUUCUAUAGCAGAAUGGGACUUGGAAGAAACAAAGGCUGGAGGGCCAUUUGAUGAGAUACUAGACAAUGAUAUACUUGUUAACUGUAUUCUUCUCACUGAGGUAUGGCUGAUUAAAUGCAAUUCAAAGAAACAUUCGCACAAAAACAGAUGUGUUUCUGAAGUAAAUGAUAUUUUGACUUAUUGUUAAGGUUUAUAAAGAGAUAAGUUUGUUCUUCAAAGGUUAGCUGAAUUGUAAGUCAUUUCUGGGAGAAAAGUCUGAAAAUUUUUAUAUGGGAAGUGAACUUUUGCCUCUGAGAUACUCAUUGGGUGUGAUUAUCUACUGAGCUAGGAAGCCACACAUGUAAAAUAGGCCAUUUUACAGUUGUGUACUUAGUUGCCAAGCCUUUGAUUUGGAGUGAGGCUGAAGGUGACUCUGUUGUGAUAGAGACCAGUAUCUAGUUAGCAUGAUAACAAAGUAAUUUGCAUUUGAAAAGCAACUAGGUUUGUAUCAUAACAAGGUCAACUUUAGCUUCACUCCUGCUCAAAGGCUUGGCAACCAAGCACACAACUGUGCUCCCAACAUGUAUAUUUUAAUAGCUCAAGUGGCAGUGGCAUCCAGUUAGUGUCAUGCAAUAAGGCAAAGGUUUCCUUUCUUUCAUUGUAGUUUGUGAGUCAAUAUCAAUUUGUCACUUUUUAGAACAUGUUAUGUUACUUUGAUCAAGCACAUAUAUGUUUGAUAAGACAGUCCUGAUGAGAUGCUGAUCAUAACAAUGUGCUUUAAAAGCAAGGCUUAUUUCUUGUAAAAUUUUCUUUUUUUUUUCUAAAACUACAUCACACUGUAUUUUUCUGGCACAUCUUGUCAAGUUUUAGAAAAGACUCAUUUUAACAUAAAUGUCGUCACCAGUAUUUUUGAAAAUGUUAGCUCUCAGUCCAAGCUUCAACAAGUGGUCAGAUUACUCCAGGUUAUAUAGAGAAAUUUUUCCAGAUAUUGAUUGUUGGAUAUGAGUAUACCUGCUGAAAUAUUUCUUCGCAAGUGUUUUAUAGAGAGGAUCAGAAUUAUGACAAUUAUAGUACUUGUGAAAUUGGGAAUAAGAAAUUUUGUAAAUGAAACUUUGCAAUUUCUUCUCUAGGAAAUUCCACCAUUUCUCACAAAGGAAAUGUUAGAGAGAGCAAAUAGGUAGUAUAUGCUUUUGCCUCUUUGUAUGAGAUGUAGGCCUUAAUCUGGGAUGGUUUAUCCUAUAACUGAACUAUUCUUUUAUUUUUUUGUUAGCCCAUGUACAGGUAUUUUUUUUCCAUUUUCAUGAUAAACCCUUGACACUCAAAUGUUGGUGUGCAUAUUUUCCAUACUGUUCCUUAAUAUACUUUUCCUAAGGUGCAGACAAAGAGAAUUUAUUUAACAAUCAAAAUCUGCUUAAGUUAGUGAUCAUUUCCUUAUGAUAAUGUGAGGAGAAAUUGGACAGUCAGGCAGCUUGGUACCCAUUUAUAAUCCUGGGUGGAGAGAGGAAUGGUGGGAUUUAAGUACAUGUUUUCAUCAGAACACAACUGUCACAGCCAGAUCAAAUCUUGACCUGUAAUCCUACAUACUAGCCAUUGAGCCACUAUGUCUCGUUAAUGCAAAUCACAGUAUUAUUUUAUUUCCAGGAACCUGAGUGUGGUGGUUGAUGUUAGUUGUGAUCCCAAUAAUCCAUACAAUCCUUUGCCUUUCUACAAUUCGAUAACGUCAUUUGAUAAGCCCUGUGGCAGAAUAAGGUUAAGGUAGGUUGUCAAAACCUUAUUCUUUUUUUGUAUAACAUUAACACAUGCCAAAAAAAAAAAAAGGCAGUAAGAUUUCAGGCCUUUUUUUCCAAUUGAAACAGUGGUUUUUCAGAAUGUUAUUUUGUCUUAUUGUGAGAAACAUAGAUCUAGAUUGCUUUUUCAGGUACACUUUGUACUUGGCUGUAAAUAAUUAGCUCUUGCUGGAAAAUUGAAACAUUUCUUAAGUAAUGUAAAAUUAGACUAUCUGCAGUAAUUUUAACAUUGGGUUAUGAUGAUCUUUUCAAAUACUUAGCCAUCUGUGUUGUCUCUAUACCAUACACUGAUUGGCUCAGUUGAAAGUUUUUGGAAUCAUGUUCCUUUCUGUUAAUGAGAUUGGUGUGUAAGUGACCUCAGUAACUGUUAUUGCAUUGUUAAAGCUUUACAAUUUUGCAGUUCCUUCUCUGUUAAUUUUUUUACAUUAUUUUCUUUUCAGAUGUGCUAAGCCACUUGAUGUGAUAGCUAUAGAUCACUUGCCUUCUGUUUUACCUUGUGAAAGUAGUCAGAGAUUUGCCAAUAAGAUGACUCCUUAUUUGCUGAGAUUAGGUGAUGUAAGUAUAUACAAUAACUCAGUGUUGAUCUUGUCAGUGAUUUAAGGUUGUAACAAAUCGAUACUAGGUAGAAUGCUUGUAUUCCCUCCUGAUACCACCCCUCUAGAAUUCCAGUUUUGCUUCAGAAACGCCCCCACUCCCCCCUGCCUUCCUCCUCUGGAAUUUUCAAUAACUUCUCUUAAGGGUGAUGUUGCUAUUUCCUUUCACUAAACAAUAAUUACCAGUAGAUUUAUUUAAAGCACAAAUCUUUAAUUGAAUUGUAGGAUCCUGUAUGGAACAGAACCAAGAAAAUGUUUGACCAAAAAGCUGCAGAAGCAAAAGCACUUAUCGAUUCUGGUGUGCUCCAUUAAAAUUUAAGGAAUCUUGACAAGAUAGAAAUGGAUUGAUCUGGAAGCAAAAUGGGAGUAAGGAGUGGUUAGUUAGAUCAUUUUAAAUAUUCAGAGGUUUUAAAUUUCCAAUUCUUAUUCAUAAAUUAUACAUUGCCUAAUAUGCCUUACAAAUGUGGGGAUUGUGAGAAUGAUUCUUAAGGCAGAAUUAUUAUCAAGUAACCUUUCUGACUUUCGUUUCUCUAAACUUCUACUAAAAUAUUAGAAAUUAUUUUACAAUUUUAAAAUCACCUGUCUUUUAAUGUUGGUUUUAGCAGCCGAGGUGUACUAAUGUUAAGAGGUGACAUGAUUAACUUCCUGGUGCAUGCAAUUAUUUAGACUGACAAUGGUCUUGUAAUCUUUUCGUGUCAUAAAGCAUCUUUAUUCAUAACUAAUGGAGUGAAAUUUAAGAACUGCAGAGUAGUUUGUUUCCCAUUAUAUCAAAUUAAUUUCAUCAGUUAUGUGGCUGGACCAUGCAGCUGGGUUCAGGUGAAUUUUUAUCAUUUGAUUUGAGCAUAAGCUCUUAGCUGCUGAUAUCAACAGCCUAUUUGUACAUUAUUAAUAUCUUAUCUGAAAAAAAUUGUAUUUAUCUCUGAUGGAGGACCUCUUUUCUAGUAAGGGAAUAUUUUUAUACUCAUGCAGUUUAUAUUGAAUUAUUAAGCUACUGCAGAAGCUUAUAUUGAGUCAGUCUUCUAUUUGAAUUUUACAGUAUCCUAAAUCACAAAGAAGUACUCAAACACUGAAAUUCUAUCAAAUUUGAAAUUUCAGGUAUACAUAAGUGCAUAAAUGGAGAUCUUAGUCAAAUUAUUAUUUUAUUUUUUUUAACUUAAAUUGAAAAAUAAUGAAGGCUCAGAAAAAGGGGGUUUGAGGUUUUGUUCAUCUACAAAUGACAAACAAUAAUAACAAAAACAACAAAAAAAAGUGGUUUUGAAUGAAAUGUGAUUCUGUAUUUUUUUUUCACUUGUGCUGACACCUCUUUUAUUUCAAGUUAAUUUCUCAGUUUUUACAUAUUCACGCAUUCAAUCUGAGUUCUGUUUAUGUCUAAAGGUUAAAACUUUAAAAAUGUCCCAACUACCCUAAUUACUUCCAGCAUAGGACAAGUGAUGGAUUGCAAAUACGUGAAAACAGGAAUCUAAACAUGUGACCCUAAUAAGCCAAAGAGGGCUUGUAACAAAAAUGUAUGUUUGAUGUUUUCCUUAUACCUUACUGGCGGUUGUUUGAAACCACUUUAUUUCACAGAACAUUUCACUCUUUUGUCUCAGAGGUGAAUGUAUUUUUAUGUGUGUUGAGUAACAUAUGCACAAGCUGACAUUGGCAAUUGUUACAGAGGAAUUUUGUCUCCGAAAAAAAAAAUAGAUAAAAAAUAGAAAGCUGAUAUCUAAUGGUUUUGUCACAAGGCUAUUUUGUUUAGGGUAUUGAGAAAAUCAAUUAAAUCUAACAACAGUUGUCUUGAAUUCCAAGGUUUGUUAUUUAGCUUUUCAAACCAUUCUCUUAGUAAAUUGUCAGCCUCAUCAUUUCCAGUUAAAAGGUGACUUUCAAAAGCAGGUGAUGAGCUUAAUUCAUACCUAGGCUUGUGAGAAUCAGGGGUGAAAAAGAACUUGUCUCCCUGUUCAGAAUGAUAAUAUGGACUUAAAUUUGUAACAUUUUCUAUGUAAAGAGUUCCUGGAAAGCAGUGCAUAGAAAUGGCAGCAUCAUAACUUGAUUCAUCAUCAGAAAUCAUGCAUUCCUGUAGAAUAAAAAAUAUUUCUAAAACUCUAACUGGAACCAUGCUGUCUGUCCAAUGCAAGUCUUCUUUAUAGUUCUUGAACAUAAAAAGGAGUAUGUUUUUUAGGUGGUAAGAUCUAACAAGCUGGUGACAGCAUCUUUUGCAGCCAAAGAUUUUACUCAGCUUUGGAAGGAAAGCUGACAGGAUGCAUUUUGCAAUGCAGUAGGCUUUAAUACGCCCAUCUUUUGGUGGGCAGGACUGAAAAUAAGAGAGCUCCAGGUAUGGAGCAGUGAUUCUUGUAGAAAUGGCUUGAAAAGCAUUAUCUUCCUUACCAAGAAUUGCAUACAAUUUUACUGGAGAUUGCUCCACGAUGCUAGUAAUGUAUCUAAACAACAACGCUUGAACAGUGAAGUAGUCGGUGAAAUAUGGACUUGCAUCAUCUGGAAUGGACAGAGCUCCUUUAAAAUCAUCAGCCCUUAUUGGCACACACAGACACAAGUCAAUGUUUACGUCUAAGCUGAACUUGCCGCAAGUCAAAUGCAUUGUUGUAGCGAUACCAGACCAACAUAGUGUUUCACUACCAGUAGUGACGCGUUUCCAACCCGGUGGUAAGCGUGAAUCUAAUAUCUUUAUGAACAUUUCCAUAAACUUAGAACGCAGGGAGAAAUCGAGGACAUCAAUCGUCCCUGAACGAACCAGGCAUUCAGACGGAAGCAAACCCACAACUGCUGGGUCCUUCACGAACAUCCUAACUGAAUCCUUUCUGACAACUGUUUGAAAUAAUUCUGUGUUGGCAAAAUACUCCAUGACAAUGAGGAAGUCAAACUCAUUAGGGGCCUCUAUUUUCGUUUUCUCAGCUACACUUCCGGCUUGAACAAGUUGACAUUUUUCGAAGCAUUUGUAAGACUUUCCAAGCUCGUCUAAGCUGUCUUUCAACGUAGUUGUUAUUUCAUGUAGUAUUUGAGAACUUCUUCGUUCAUUAUGAAUGUCCAGUUGGUGAGGAAAACUUUGGAGAAAUGAAUUCAGCACCGGACCAACUGAAACUGGAAUUUUGUGCACUGAAGAAGCUUUUGUGUCGGUAUGUUCUUUGGUGUUAUCUGCGAAUCCCCAUUUUUCGUAUGGCCAAUCAGGGAUUCUCACGUUUAAAGGAUAGCCCUCGCUUUGUAACUCAGACUCCUCUUUCGACGCCAUUUCACAAACAGACCAAGGAGAGAGAAAAGCAACUUGAGGAGAGCACGUCCUUUGUAUUUCGUCUUGUCACGCAAUAGCCUUGAUCUCUAAGUGAGCGUUGCAUGACCGGAGGGGGAAAAAAAAAUUGACAUACCGAAGUCACGAACGUGAUUCUUUACCUCUAGCCAAAAGGUAUGCGAAACCAACUUGAAAAUAUUUCAACGCCUUUAUUUGAAUAAAAAGUAGUAUUCAGGCAAGGAGAGGAUGAUCACAAUGAUCUUUCAGGAGCUUGGCCCCCUUGGGAACUAACAAGUUUUGAAUCAGAAGCUACCUGUGGAAGGAGUGAUCUUUGAGCUGCAGUCUUUUUAAGGCGUAAGCACUAAAACAUGGAACGACCUAAAACCACCUACAACCAAAAAUUUCAACAACCACCUAAAACCACCUCAAAAACAUCUACGGCGAGACAACAACAUGCCUCGUACAUAAAAUACGAGAAUCGAACGACACUUUCACUUCCCCCUGAAAUCUUACUCUCCCUGGUCCCAUGUAUAAUCAACCAUCUCACGAAAUGAAAUGCGAUAGCAUGCUAAUUAUUUUAUAUUCACUCAGGAGCAAAAGACUUUUACAAAAUUAACUAUCAAUUUACAAAAAAUAAUAAAGUAAAAUAACAAAUUGGUAGUUAAGACUGACUUGACUUGGCUUUUUCUACCCUGGGUGCUAGCAGACGUUUUGGCUCACGUCUAGAAAAAGUAUGAGUAACAAUGGUCAUUAAAAAUAUUUUAAGCGAACUGUGCGUACCUUCGGAUCUUCCUCUGGCACGAACGCCAUCGUGCUGGCAUUCAUACAGCAUGCAGUUGUACGAGUGGUGCCACUUACGCAAUAGUGACUCGCGUUUGCUCCAAUUACAUUUCCAGUGCUGAGAUUAUGCAUGGAGAAAAACACUACCUUGGACCAUUACGUCAAAUGAAACGAGAGCCAAAACGUUUGCUUGUAAAGUUCUUUAAGUCUUUUACUACUGAGGUAAUAAAAACUAUAAUUGGCAUGCUCUCGCAUUUCAUUUCGUGAGAUGGUUGAUUAUACAUGGGACCAGGGAGAGUAAAAAUUCAGGGAAAGGUGGAGAUUUUGUUCGAUUCUCGUAUUUCAUGUACGUGACAUGUUGUCGUUUCGCCUUAUUUUUGACAUUUAUGCCUUGUUUUAGAUGGUUUUUCAGAUAGUUUGCGAGUGGCUGUAGAUAUUUUUGAUGUGGUUGUAGGUGGUUGUUGAAAUUUUUGAUGUAGUUGUAGGUGGUUGUUGGUGGUUUCAGGUGGCUUCAGGUGGUUUUAGGUCGUUCCAUGUUUUAGUACUUACCCUUUUUAAGGGGCCUAAGGAAAAAUUUCUCAAGAAAAUUGGGCGAAGUAUAACAGCGGGGUUUUCAAUAAUGCAACCCUGAGUCCACAACAAGUGUUUUAAAGGGGCACUACUUCGUUUUCUUGAUCCAGUCUUUACUUGUGUUAGUAUGUGUUGACACGGGAGUGGAACUGUCAACCUUGAACGUGCAAGUAGUCAUGGCUGUACAUCUGUGGCUUCGAGCGGAGAAGAAACCGAACGAGAGGCGAACUCACCUUACUCCAGAGAAAUGCAAAGAGCUGGUGAAGGCAGGUGAGUCUUACCAGUUUUCUUCCACUUUUUUUCGAUGGAUAAUUUUGGCGUUUGGUACAUAAUGUUUGAAACUAGAGGUUAACCUCGCAAUUUGUAAUUAUGUAGAAUUACACAGCUCAUCUGCAGGUAUCCAGUCGUUUCAUACCCAUGGAUCUUUCGUACCCAGAUGAUUCGUACCCAGGCUCAGACGUUUCGUACCCACUUUCAAUCAGUUCGUACCCAACCCUCUGGUUGAUUCGUAACCAACAAAUUAUGACACAAAAUGUUUAAAACAAACAUAAACAUUUAUUUCAUUUUUCCUAGUAAUCGCCGGGGGUGGGGAUGGGGAUGGGGUGGGGGAAGGGGUCAUGGUGAUGGAGCAAGUCUGGGUAUAAGACAACACCUGAGUGAAAUAUUGUAAAUAUUAUACUGUGACGCAACACUACUUUACUUUUUUGGUCAAGGUUUUAAAUUGACUGUGGAACUCUCAGAGCAGUGCAUAUUCAAGGAUGAGGAAUAUGCAAGGUAAAUAAAUGUGAACAUGACCAUCAUUUAAUUUCGUUUUUGUAGAAAAAAUAACAUGGCAAGAGAAUGUUUUAAAAAACAUUGUGUUUUUUACUCUAAUUGUUUAAUUGCUGUUAAUUUUACAAACUUCUUGUAUACAGUAUUUCUGGUGUGGAGAUGGCCUCUACUGGUUCUUGGCCAAGUGCUCCUAAAGAGGCCUUUAUUGUCGGGUUGAAAGAACUCCCUGAGAGUGAGGACCCUGUCAUUCAUAGGCACAUCUUUUAUGCCCAUGCUUAUAAGGUGGGACCUUGGCUAUUCUAUAUGAGAAUUAAACCCUUCAUACUCCAACAUCAGUAUAUGUGUUCUUGAUACUGUUAUCUAUACAUUUCCUACAAGCAAAACAUGAAGAAUUUGUUUAACAAUCAAGAGCCUCUUAAGAUGGAAACUGUUUACUGUUUGUUCUCAUAACUUUAAUAUACUGUUAGGAGAAAUGAGAUGCUGGUCAAAAUUUGUAGUAAUUGUAACACCAAUUCUAUCACAGACCAAUGAGCUCCCUCAAAGAUCAGAAUUUUGGGAAGUUUUCCCAGUGUUUAAAAGUGUUUGAUUUUUCCCUUUAUCUCUAUAUAGAACCAAACAGGGUGGGCAGAGCUACUUCACAGAUUUGUGAAAGGAGGAGGUAGCAUCUUUGACAUUGAAUUUAUGACGGAUGACAGUGGUAAGAUAAUAGAACAUACAUAUUAACCCUUUACACCCUAACAUCAAUAUACAUAUUCUCCAUACUGUUCUCUACACAUUUCCUAAUGUGCUGACAAAGAGAAUUUAUUUAAAAAUCAAGAGCUUUUUAGGUUGGUAAUAAUUUCCUUUAUUCUCAUAACCAUAAUGUACAAUUCAGGGGUGAUACUGCAGGGAGAGGUGUGAUGCUAGCCACUCUUUAACCCUUUAACCCCCAGAUAAAAUUUUGUAAUUCUCCUUACUGUCAACCAUGCAGUUCUUUCAAUGUUAGUUCAGAUAAUUUAGUAUGGGAUCAACUAACUAUCCCCCAAUUGAUAUUUUUCUUUAUUCUCAUCACUUAUCUAGUUGACAUUGUGUUGAUAUUGUAAGGAGAAAUUCUCUCUUGGACACUUAUGAGAGUUAAAGGGUUAAGGGUCUAUGAUAGUGUGAAUUUGAACUGCAGCCUACAAUGCUUUAUUUCCCAAAGUAAAAACUUGUCGCUGUUUUGUUUAGGUAAAUGUGUAGUUCCUGUCUUCUCAACCAUGGCUGGUCUAUGUGGAAUGGCUGUUGGCAUCAUAGCAUGGUGUCAUCAGCAAUUGAAGUAAGUUCUUAAUAUACUGGCAGAAUGUAACAGUGAAUCUGCAAACUUUUCUAUUUAGUCAAGGAUAUGAUAUUUUUUGUGUGUGUGUCUUCCAGCAUUCUCAUAGAGAAUUCAGCCAUAGCAAAAGAUGUAUGAAUAUUUCUCAAUACAUUCAAAAAGUCUCUAAGGGGAUGUUUUAGAGUUUACCAAGAUUUCCCUUCAGCGGAGUAAAUCUGUUUACAAAGCCUCUUUAUUGCUAGAAAAUUUGAAAGGAUUUUGGAGUGCAGAGUAUCAACUUGAUGACCUCAGAAAUCUUGAAUUUUCACCUAACGUCAGCAGUUUAGUACAUUGAAAAAUUAAAACUUAGAAAUGACACUUCAUGGAUCUUCUCUUCAUCUUCAUUUCACCCAAAGGUUAUAAAUAUUCCCUCCCUUCUCAAGACAUUAUUUUUGUACACCACAAAUUAUUUUUGUAUACACUGUUUGAUGUUCACCAAUGUUCACCAGUGUUUUUUACUAAAUAUCGUUUAAUUUUCUGUAUGUUUAACUUCUUAUAAGUUGUAUUGGAUUGACGACCAACUCUCCGACGUCUCUACUCGAUUUUAUACGUCGGCGAGUUGGCAUCGGCGAGUUGGUCCGUCGGCGAGUUGGUCCGUCAGCAAGUUGACCGUAAUUCUUACUGAAGUAUGGUAUAUUAAUAACACUUUACUUGUACGCAUCAUUUAUACUUCACAAAUUCUUCAAAUCUGUGAGUAAGUUAUGAGGCACCAUCAUUUGUUGUUGUUAUUGUUUUUAAUUCCCAGUCCAGAUGUUGCUCUUCCAUCUGUUUCUGCAUAUGAUGAUGAAGACCAAAUGUUGGCAUUUGUGAAAUCCAAAUUAAAAGAAAUUGCCAAAAAGAAAGGUAUAGCUGAUCUGGCAUGGUGUCAUUAUCAUAUGAAAUGAUGAAGGGUUUAUUUUGUUUCUAAUGAAUGAAAGUAAUUGCACAGAACACCAUCAAAAAAUGGAGAUUUUUGCUUUGGUUAUUUCUUAAAAUGAAAGGUAGAUCAGCAGAAAUAACUGGGGAAUGGUUUCCAUUUCUUCAUAACACUCUUGAGAAUAGGUUUGCAAAUUUGAUCGAAGGUUAAAAAAAUUGUCAUAAAGAUGAAAGGUCUUUUCCACUCAGCUCUUUGUUAUAGAUGUAAUGUCGUUUAUGAAAGAAGAAUAAGAAGCUUACCUAAGUUAGUCAGCCUUAAUAUCAUUAGUGACUAAUGCAACAGAAUAUUCAGGUGUUCCAGAAGUGUUUCCACAGAUCUUUGUGAUUGGUGCUCUGGGUCGUUGUGGUAAAGGUGCAGUCGAGAUGGCUCACAAAAUGGGUGUUCCAAAGUAAGUUUUGAAUUAAUUGUAAAUUCAAAAAAUUGCUCAAGCUGUCUAAGAUAAUAUUGAAAUUACUUAGAGCUUCAAAAAAGUUUGCUAGAUAUUCCUUUGGCUGCUUUAAUUCUACACUCUUUGGCCAUUUUAGGGCUUAAUUUUGUAUAUCCAAAUGCUUACAGUGGAUGAAUUUGUAGCUAUAAUGGGGUUCUCCCCUUUCCCCUAUAAGAGGAAGGUGUGGUCCAUUAUAAUGUCUCUAGCAACCCCCUCUAAAGGUCACUUUCGAUUGUUAUUUUAGCAAAUUUGCUCUUUAAGGUCAAAUAUAACAGAGUGGAGCACUGCAGAGACUAAAGGAAAAGGACCCUUUGUAGAGAUUUUGGAGUACAAUAUCUUUGUUAACUGCAUUCUUCUCAAUGAGGUACAAACGUGUUUACCCAGAUACUGAUGGGUCAAAAUUGGAUUAUUAAUAAAAAAUGCUGUACUGUGAAAGCUGGCAGUUCUCAGGAAUUGCCAUUGCAAAAGUCUGGACCGUAGGAAAAGCUUACUAGAAACAGUUAGUGACUCCUGAAAUCUGAAGGGUCAAUCAUUUUGAAAGGUGCUGUAUUGAAUUAUUAUGUGAAAUGAAACAUCUCUAGGAGUGAAACAUCUCUAGAAGUGAUUUCAAACCUUUUAGGAUUUUUCACUUUUAUAAGCAUAUGACAUUGUUCUGUAUAUUUUUAUAGUAUUACAGAAGUUAAUUUUCCAUAUUCUAAUAUUCAUGCAAAGGAACUUUUUAAUUAACAAAUGCAAAUUGUUAUUAAAACAUUUCUAUUGAUAAGAACUGUAACAAUUGCUUGACAUUUAUUUUGUUAAUCAUGUAUUUCGUUGGAAUUUGCGUAGAAAAUUCCUCCAUUCUUGACAAAGGAGAUGCUGGACACGGAUGAAAGGUUUAUUUCUUCAUUCAUUUUAAUAUUACAGCUUUAUGAGGGUUCCAUGAAUUAUCGUUUGGAAUACAGCUUUAAUUAAACAAUAGUAGUGCCAGACCCCCGGCAAACCUCUCCCAGACUCGUUUUAAAUCUUCCCACGGGCGGAGAGACGUGCAUCCUAAUAAUGAGGGCAUGCUCGUGGGCUACUAUGCAAAUAAUUGUGGCGGAAUAUGGCGGUUCUAAGCGCCCGUUUCCUGAUUUCGCUCCUUUAAAAUGUCUUUCUUGUAUGAUUUAUAAGUGAGAGCUUAACAAUAAAUGACGGUAAACAAACCUGAACAAUGUCUAAAAUGUGAUCGGGCGCGAAUUUUGAGAAUUGGAUUAUUUUCUACGACAUAUUCAUAUAUUUCUUUUGAAAUGUUAGCAUAUUACUGAGGUUAUGUUCAUUUUCAUCCUCUGUUUCACUUUGGAAUCAGAUCACUGAGUAUAGUGGUGGAUAUCAGCUGUGACCCAAACAGUCCUAACAACCCACUACCCUUCUAUGAUGCCUGCACAUCAUUUAAACAGCCUUCCGUAAGAGUCAGUCUCCCGUAAGUACAUAAUGAUUGCGCGAAAAAGAGUUGAUGUAGAAUUGUUUUCUACGGAUUGCUUUUUUGGCGUUUUUCUUCGCUGCUUCUGUGAUGGUAGUAUGAGGACAUAACACUCACUCGAGACAUUCAAUGUGAAAAGUUUAUUUAGGAUGAGUCAGUCUUCUAGUAUACGGAUUCUGAUACAAUCUUAACAUGUGCACCCUGAAACAAGGGGUUCUACAAAAAGAACCUUUGUUACGUCAGAUACGAAAACCACUAAAAAAAUUAUCUUUGGAUGUGGUCAAGUUUUGUGUGAAAACGUAUUCCUCGUCUUAUGCAGCAGCACAAUACCCUGAGGAAAGGGUAAACUAACCUGGUUGCACUACUAAUCACAAAGAGAAAUCAAUGAUUGUAAUGAUAUUUUACAGGCAGUUGGAAUAUUAAAAUUACAACAAAUACGAAAAAAAUGGUCAAACAUAAGACUGACCAACUUACAAUGACUUAAUUUCCCGCGAAACGCUUAAAUCAUCCGAAACUUCCAUGAUGCCACGCGAACCUCCUCAACGUGCCAUCAGAAUAUUAAUUUCUGGCUAAGUCGUUCCCAUGUCACUCAACCGUCAGAAAUUACAUUUGGAAAUCGUUAUUUCGUUGGACCUAUGCGAUUAGUGAAGAACCAUGUCCAUUAUUCGCUGUUUAGCGAGCAGUGAUGGCUGCAUUCCCACAAGAGAGAGAAAGUAACCAUAUUUUAGAAAAAGCAGACCUUUAUCUGUCUGUUUCUUUUCUUAAAUAAUUAAGAGUGACCCUUACAACCAUACGAUACUCUAUCCUUUGGAAUUCUUUUACGAAAUGCGCUCUACCGUGAGGAGCCCAUAUCACUCAGUCGCGAUUGGCUGGCUGAAGUGUUCCACAUGAUUGGCGGAGAAGGUGGCGUGAGUUUUCUCGACCAAUCACAGAGCGAAGCAUGGCAAAAAUUAAGUAAUCCCGGUUUGUAUUGGUUUUACUUUACUCUGCUCUGUGAAAAAAAACUUGCGUCGCACUCUCAACCAAUCACAUUGAAAGCCAAUAUCAGUCGCUACCUGAUCACUUGCGCUCCCAGCACUUCAAGCAGUGAGUCCAGGUUUUUGCUGAUAGUUCUCAUCGGUUCCUCGUGAUAAUUACCUUGUUUCUGAUAAGGCCUUGUGCUAACUUCAACUUUGAUUUUACAACACCUAAUUGAAACGAGUUAUGAGAAUCGUUCUUACGCUUGGCCUAUGGAGCAAACGUUGUUUCACAAGAUCUUCCACUGACCUCUAGCAAGGUGUAACACUCUCCUGUAGACGUGUAAAGGUAAUCUUGAUCCACUUCAGCUCAGUAGUUAUAAUGGUGAACUUUAAAUUGAUCGUAAAACGUGAGGUUUUUAUUUUAUUUUAUUUUCAGCAAAUUAUAAUUUGCAGUUCCCUCGGAACCUAUUUAGCAGAAUAUAUACUAAUUUGUUCGGUUGCGUAUGUCUUCCCUAACUUAGCGUAUAUGCAUUUGCAUUACAGGAAGUCGUCUAAGCCAUUAGAUGUUGUAGCUAUCGAUCAUUUCCCUUCCCUUCUACCGAGAGAGAGCAGCACAAGAUUUGCAAAUGAUUCAACGCCGCAUUUGCUGAAGUUAGAUCAGGUAAAACGGCUCGAUAAGCGUCUGUUCUUUGAUCGGGACCGUCAUUAAGUUAUUCGAAUGGUUUUCUUUUUGUUAUUUAUCUAAUCUAUUUUUAUUUAUCAGAGUCAUUAUUGAUAUCUUCAUUUCUAAGUACUUCUUAUAACUAGCAAACUAAAAAAAAACAAUUUAAUCUGUGUGCCUGGUUUUUUCCGGUCAAAUUACUAUUUUCAUAGCGCAAAUCGGAUCGCACUCCUUUAGGUGAAUUCUUGACUCUCGCCGUAUAUGUACAGGAUGUUCUUCGAGGAGAGCUAUGCUCCAGAGGCCGUGUAAUUUAGAUCUCCUUCGUUACAAAGUACUUACCGCGUUUGAGUUUGCAAAGAGUAAGCCAGCCUUUUCCAAAUGUGCUAAAAAUUCGAUUUCGUGCGCCGCCAUUUUGAAAACAACUUUAUAAACAACUUUAUUAAGUGGCUUUAUUCUUGUGAUGCAAUGAAAUAACUCAACUAUCAUUUGUUUCUCUGUUGAUAGGUUGAUACGUACUGUGUGUGGGUGAAUGCCAAAAAAAUAUUUGACCUGAAAGCAGCUGAAGCAGAGGAUUUACUCUCACGAUCUGGAAAUUAAAGACUGAACUUCAUUCCCGUAGAUUUGAAUGGAAAUUAGCUGUUGUUUGGUCUUAGUUUAGUGAGACGAAUGAGCAUCGUUUUUCUACUGAUGAACGGAAGAGUGAUUGAGAAUGAAACAUGACAAUUUUGUCAUUGACCUUGUUAAACAGAGGAAAGUGAUUAUUGUAGCUCGUGUUAUGGCGGGGAGUUUUAUGUGAGGCACUUUUUCCAAGGUAUAACAUCUUAAAGUUUCAAAAUAAGAUGCAGUGAGAACAUCAGUUUGUAGAAUUUUCGCUGUAGAAUUUGUAUUUUCUCCAUAGCGAAAAAAGCUGUCAAGGGUUGUCUGCCAGAAACUGAGUUGACAAGCAUUUGCUACAACUUUUGUCACCCGAUCAUUCACUGGCUGGUGCCGUUGCGGAGAGGCGAUCGAUGUAAAGACUGAUAGACUAAAAGUGAACGAUACGGCUAUGUUCAUCAUUUUCCGAAUAAAUCAUUUGGGGCCCCUGUACUUAGGCGGAUGACUGAGUACAAAAUAUGGGAAUAUUGAGCCGUUUUCGUUUCAAAGUUGUUAAGCAACUCAGGAGAUCUCGCUACGUGCGAAGCAACGACAACUUUGAUAUCGCAAAUAUGAGCCCUUCAAAACAAAAUAGCAAAGUAUCUUAAAAAAACACUUUAGUAUCGUGUUUGUAUUACACUUGUGGCUCUAGAGUGAGUUCACUUCAGUAUAUUACUGUCAAUUCGUCAUCCUUGAAUGUUAUUAUUUACUAAGAUAUGAGCAUUAUUGACCGAGUGUUUAAGUUAUAUUAGCUAGAUGUUUCCAAGUUUUCUUGAAAGUAACCGAGUUAAUUUUUUGUAAAUUACCGGUGUAAUAGGCACUUAGUCUUCGUUUUGCUAAAAUAUUGGGUCAGUACUCUGUAUAAUGUAAGUUGAUUCUCCGCCUCCGGAAGAGCCCUUUCUACAAUGUAUCGAUUCUUCAGAGACCGAUUGCGUACAACUUGAAAUGACACUUUAAACUUACAGCAAAAUAGCAGCUGAUCGGAGGAAAAAUGUGAGGCUAACGUGUGGGUGGUCCCAGGUCAGUGCUGUUGGUUCCUUGCCUUUUCCCGCGCGUUUCGCAGUUGGCUUGUUCCAUUUUGCAUUUCAUUGGCUCCCUGUGAUAUAUGUUUAUCUUCUGAUUGGCUGUUGCGAUUACUUCAGCUCUACAAAAAUUCGCUCUAUACUACGCGGAUGAGACGAAAGACCGAAGCAGCUGACUAUGAUUGCAAACUCUAUAAACGUAGGGUUACCCGUUCAGAGACUAUAUCCUUACUGAAUUCUUUCGUUUCUUUCUUGUUGUUACCAAUUUUGCUGAAAUAUGCACUAUGGGAAAGUUCUGGGCGCUCUCAGCGUCAAGUAAACUUUUUUCAAGAUCUGCGGCUCGGAUUUUCGAACUAGAAGAACUUUUAGAAAACAUGGUGGACCACGAAGACAAACAGCGCGUGAUUAAAGAGUUUUCAGUGUUGUUUGGUAUUUACAUGCUCCGGCCUAUGAACGAAAGAGUGCUUGAUCGCUGGAACCUGCGUAAGCUUGGCGCCAAAUUAUCCCAUCAUUCCUCGGGGCUGUACUGGUUGCUCGCUUGUCUUGCAUCACACCAGUUGAGACUCUCAAAUGUUUAUGGAUUUUUGGGAAAUUACCUCCUUUGUGGUGGAAAAUUUUCUGUUUCGUCAAUGUGUGAAAGUCACGAAUAGUAUCCUUAUUCGGUCUUUGCCUUACUCUAUCAAAUCAUAAUGGUUGUUCACCUGUGGUUGCGAUCGGAACCGAAGGCAAAUGAACGCCGGUCGGCGCUCUCACCUGAGAAAUGUAAAGAUCUUUUGUCAGCAGGUAAAAUGACACGAUCGUUCUGAUUUCUUUUUACAUUUUUGUUUCAUCCCGUGGUGUGUGAUUGCGAACUUAAUCCUUGUGUUGUUAAAUAAAAAUUUACACUGAUUUUUUGAUGGCCGGCCAGAAAGUUGACAUCUUGUGAUGACUUCAUAAUUUAAUUUGCAAGUUGAAGAUGUGCAUAGCAGAUGUCUUCAGAAAGAAACCUUGAGACAGUUUUCUUGGAUAAAAAUUGGGAAUGUGAUGUAAUUUUCUUCCAUGUUAACAUAUUUAAAAUGUACUCUUUCAAUUUUUCAGGAUUUAAGGUUACUGUUGAAUGUUCCAGAGACAGGGUUUUUAAAGAUGAAGAGUAUGCAAGGUAGGAAUGGACUGGUGUGAAGGAGUACACGUGAUCUUGUCGUGAGAUCAUAAAGUGAUCUACUCAUUGAGUCUGUGGAAGGCUUCUUUCUAGACUGACUCAUGUUAGUCUCCCUGGCUUUACAAACAUGAGCUCUCACUACUAUGGUUUUCUAUAAAAUAGUGUUAGCAUAACACAGUUUGGGUUAUAAACACACAAUUAAAAAAAAGUGAAGUGGGUAAGUAAACAACCUCAGGUUAUGAUUGGACCAGUUAUAUCAAUUAAAUGCCAUUAGCAAAGGAUAACUUGACAAUGCUACCUAUUCUUGGUACCAACACAGUGAUGAUUCAUUGUUUAUAGGAUCAGUGGAGUGGAUAUGGUUCCUGAAGGAUCUUGGGUAGAUGCCCCAAAAGAGGCUUUUAUCUUGGGAAUUAAAGAACUAGCAAAAUCCUUGACUCCAAUACCUCACACACAUAUCUACUUUGCUCAUGCAUACAAUGUAAGUGAAGAGUAAAGUUAUUAAUCUUGAUUAGACCAAAGUGUACAGUAAGCUAAAUUUUGAUAUAACUUGCUCCCAUCUAGGAAAUAUUAUUUUUCAGCAAUAGGAAAGAGAUUAGUAUGACAAGUAUCACAACAAAAUAAUAAUGAACCAACAGAUAGUGCCUAUUUAUCAGACCUAACACUUCAGUUGAUGGACAACUAUGUUGAGAAUGGCUGGCGCAGGAUAUUCAAUGCAUUGUAGCUAUCCAUGUAAAGUGACUGUUAAGGAAGUACUUACCAAGGUGGUCCUUAAGUGGAUUUGACUCUCUCUUUGACAAGAAAAAGUGAAAUUUAUUAUGAUGGAAAAUUUUCUGUUCAUGCCAUGCCAGUUGGUUUACACAAAUGAUCUAGCAUUCUCCCAAAUACUGCUGAGAUUCAGGUGGUAGACCAUGUUACUGGAAAAUCCUAUGUUGCCAAAUUAAUUUUGGGUGUCACUUGUCGUAGAUGAAGUAAUGGUUUUGAAAUUGAAUCCCACAUGUUUUAUCCAAUGGUAAAGUUUUAAGGGAGUAUAUGAAUACCUUGACUAGGGAUCUUGGAGACAGUUAAGAAAAGGAGUAAGAGGGUCCAUAAUGCUGUAUGUUAGCAUGUCUGAUGUUUUUUUGGUUUAUUAUUAGAACCAGAAUGGUUGGGCUGAAGUUCUUAAUCGCUUCAUCAAGGGCGGUGGAAGGAUACUUGAUGUGGAGUACAUGACAGAUGAAUGUGGUAAGUGAGUGAAGUUUGGUCUGGAAAGAUCAAAUUAUUCUCCACAUUUAAUAUAGUUGUUCUUGUUGUGUUCUCCAUAGUCAAGAAACUCUUGUCAGAUACACUUAAAACAUGAGGGUUUCUUUCCUUCUCUAUUUUAGUCAUUAAUACUGAAAGCAAGGUUUCACUGUGUUGUUUUUUACCAAGUAAAGAUCAAUAGUGUUUUGUUUUUUUUUUUCAGACAGACGAGUAGCAGCGGCUUUUCCUCCUUUGGCUGGUUUUGCAGGAAUGGCUGUUGGUAUUAGUGCUUGGUGUCAUCAACAAACAAGGUACAAAUAAAAUUUUGACUCUAAUAUAUACUAUUCAAGACCCUUGUGCAAUCCAUUUAUCCUUUGGUCAGUGUUUAUCUCUUCGGUGGUCAUGUCAAAUGCGGCCUUUGCAUCUACACAUAACUUUUAUUGGGCAAAUUUCCUAUUAAGAGAAAGGUGACUCAAGGAAUUUGCAGGGUAAAAAAUCUAUUAGGGUAGAUAGUACCUUUGCAAAAACUCCAGUGUAAUGAUCACCACUGAAAUCUUAGCUCUAGCAAUCUUCUGGUGUGGAUCAGUAGCCAAGUGAACCACAACCCUCACCCUUGGGGUUUCCUUGACAUAGGAAUAUCAGUAACAGGGUACAUCAGAGAGUUAGUACCUGCUUAUGUUUACAUUGGACACAAAGCUUAUUGUGGAUGUCUUUCUUCCUCAAAACUUCUCGAGGCUCCCUCCAGUUUGUUAUAAAUCAAAUUUUUCCAUUACAAACACAUGGACUGCACAUCAUUGAAGGACUUGAGUGCAGCAUGGAUUGAAUUAUUUUUCAUACUAGGCUAAUUUUGAACUGAGAAAAUCAAUUCCUCUCACACAAAGUGUUUGUAUUGACAGUCAUAUAUAUGAUAUUUUAAGCCCUCAGAUCACCAUGCCAGCUAUGAAGCCUUACAGCCAUGAGUCACUCUUAAUAGAAGAUCUUAAGAUGCAGCUCCAAGAUGCUGCCAAGACCAAAGGUACUUCCAUUACAAUAUGAGGUUUUCUUUAAAGAUAAAAGUAAAUUUUAAAGUCUUUUUUCCUAGGACUCCAUGAAUGCUACCCUCGUGUGAUAAUCAUUGGUGCAUUAGGGCGUUGUGGCAAAGGAGCCAUAGAUUUGGCACAGAAAGCAGGCAUACCAAGGUAUGAAACAACUUAUGUUUGAUCAUUCUGAAUAAUAAAUAUUUCAUGUAAGACAUAAGCCUAAGGAGGAACUUGUAAAAAUAUUUAUUUCAUACAUAGUUAGAUUUACACUGUGAAGUACUAUCAUUUGUGUCUCUAAUCCUUGGCUUUCUACUUUAUAGUGUAAAUCUCAAUAUGAAUGAAAUUUAAACAUCAUACUAUGUAAAGUGCUUGACCUUUUUUUGUUCACUCAUUGCAAUGCAUCAAAAAAACGCACUCUUUGGCUGUGGUCACUGGUUCUUUUUUUUUUUUUCUUUGUUUUUGGUUUUUUUUAAUGCAUCACAACUCAUUAAGAAAAUCUACUGGUGCGCACUUUCCAUGUAAUAAUCUCUAUUUAUUCUGAGGAUGAUGUUUCCUUUACAGCUCAUGUAUUGCUAAAUGGGAUAUGAAAGAGACCCAGCCAGGUGGACCUUUUGAGGAAAUCCUACAGUAUGACAUAUUUGUCAACUGUAUCAACUUGAUGAAGGUAUGUAGUCAGCAAUAAGAAAAUUAAUAGGUAUAAGGAAAUUUAAGCCUGCAGGUAAGUGUAAAUGAUAUCACAUGAUCUUAAAGUAGGUUUGGUCUGAAAUUAUUACUACUAGUUUACACUACAUUCAACACAGCAGAACAACUCAUUCAAAGGGGUGUUGAUAUGAUCAAUGUGUUUAUUAAGAUUUUCUUUCUGUUUGGCAAUUGAUAUAGUUUAAGUGUUUGCUGAAGUAAAAGGUUCAUACAUGUACUUCCUCAGGAAAAGAAUGUUGGAAAUUUUUUGUUGUAUCUUUGGCUUUAUGUUCUCUUAAGAGCGAUGGCUUGGUAAUAUUGAAGGGAACAGGGAAGGGUUGGAGAAAUUUUGCAAGCCUAAAAGAUCUUCAUGUAUGCAGAGGAAAAAAACCACAACAAUAACAAAUAUUAAAACAAAAUAAACAAAUAGAACAACCCUCAAUUUAAAAAUUGUGGUUAUUUGGUGACACUACACAGUAUGAUUCAUGCAAUUAUUGUCUGACAUACGUUGUAGGGCUUUGUGUCGUUUGUCAUUCUCUCCACAUGUCUAGUAAAUUGAACUCUGUCAGACAAACAGAAAAGUAAAGAGUGACCCCAUCCUAUAAUGAUGCAGUAAUUUGAGAUGUCAUGUUGAUUAUAAAUGAAAAGUGUUAAAGAAUUUUCAUGCGCCAUUUCGUGACCUCAGUCCAUUUUCCAAAUAGUAGAUGUGUAAUGGGAGGACAGCUUUUUCAGGAAUUUUUUUUCUCAUUCAUCAAAUGUGAAGAAGAUAUAGCAUGAAAGUUAUUUCUCCAUUUUAGUGUUGUUGUCAUGAGUAAACAGCUCUAAACAUUAAAUAUUUGAUGCACACUCAAAGAACAUUAAGUAAAAUACAUGCAAUGAAAAGUUUAUUGAGAUCAAUGUAGUGGACUACUUGACUGGAUUGCUGCAGUUGUACUUGGGAAGUUGUGUUAGGUUGUGCAGCUCUGCAAAUCAAGUACCAUUGGGGCCAGCUCAUGUAGAAUGAAUGUACACAUGCUCGAGAGUGUUCUGUGCUUGACAGCGUUUACUUUGCAGAAAAUUCCACCAUUUAUGACAAGGAAGGUGUUGGACACCGACCAGAGGUGAAUUGUAUCAGCACAGCGUUCUCAAGAGUGUUUUUACCUCACUAAGGCUUUUUCCAUACAGGAAUUGUGUUUUUUCCUUUCGCUUACAAAUUGUUGAAAAUUGAGGGGAACUAGCUGAGGUGGCAGGAGUAUUUCUCAAUCUUGUAAUGUUGUGGGACAAGAAUGAUUUUCCAUUUUAUUUAGUAAAACCUCAAGUGAAUUUAUUCACCUUUUAAAAUUCAUUAUGAACAGCAGUGUUUAUCUGGCUCACAUCAAAAGCUCUCUACACUCAAAGCAGUAAAGUAACUUUAUUCAGUUGAUUAUAUAAACUGUUCCAACAAUGCCCCAUCUCUUGAUGAAAGAUAUGACAAGAAACACACAGACACUCAUUCUCUAAUAGGACCAACUUCUGAAUUGUCUAACUGGUUGAAAUAGCAUAGAGGGGUGUUGACAAAACAGUAUAAAGAAAGAGUUUGGAAACAAAACUAAUGAAAAGAAACUGAAAUGCAAUUGAAAACUCAAGAAAUUAAUUUUAAUUAAUCUGGCUGCAGCCAUGAAGCUCUAUUGUUGACCUUUUGUUGUUUCCUUGUUUUAGGAAACUGUCUGUGGUGGUUGAUGUGAGCUGUGAUGUUACCAAUCCAAACAAUCCUUUACCAUUCUGUGAUUCUGUGACCUCACUACAUCAGCCCUGUCGGACUCUGCAGUUAAGGUAUUCAAUAUUGAUUUGGCUGUCUCUCAGUCCAGGGAAAGUCAAUUAUAAAUUUUGGGCAAGAUUUUUUUUUUUACAAAGGGAAAGGUUUUGUGGAAAAUUGGCCACAAUUGCAGGUUGUGUCAUCUUUAACUGCAAUUACAUAAACAUGAAACCAGUGUCUUCCCAAUACAAGAUGUAAAUGUUGUAUGGGGUUUGGAGAUAAAGGUUUCCUGAUGGCCCUAGUACUCCAUGCUUCAGGAAUUGGGAAAACUCCACUUGUAACAGAUUAUUUUGUGUGGGUAUACUGUUCUUAAGAUCUCAUCUAGAAAAUGAUGGAUUGAACUGACCCCAUUUUUAUAAAAGCCUAGCGUACUUGGCUAAGUUUCCAUGAAUUGAUUUUAAAAAUAACAAAGCAAGCACACAAAGGUUGACAUGCAUGGGUCUUUGUCACUGACAGACUAAAACUAAAUUAGCCUAUUGUAACUGACUUAUUAUUUCCUUUUGCAGUAACUCCACAAAGCCUUUGGAUAUUGUGGCCAUAGAUAACCUUCCUUCAUUGCUUCCAAGAGAAAGCAGUAUUCAGUUUGCUGAUAGUAUUAUGCCCUAUCUACUCAAGCUUCCAGAGGUAUUUCCACAUUACUUCUUUUUCAGCCAUCUACCAGUACUUGUUUGUUGUUAUCAUUCAUACCAUUCUGCCUUCAAAUAAAUUCAAUUGGAUGAAGUUGUUAAAAGUAAAUUGUAAUAUUGUUUUCAUUUUGUUUUUGACCAUGAUAUAUCAUAUUUGACAAAAAAAAACUUUUCAAGUUUAACUAAGUAGUCAAGCGUUAGUCUUGUCUUCUACCACACCAAUUUCCACAGCCAAAAUGCAUUUAAAUGAAUUACAAGUUCUCAGAAAACAUAUUCAGUGGUUAAAAUCCUAUUCAUACUAGGUUGCAUGCAAUUGAUCCAAAUGUGUCACAUGACUUGAUAUGGUAGAACUGAAACUGGGGAUUAAUCCAGUAAUUUUGCCCAAUGUUUUGAAUCUUAGAUUAUAUAUUAGUCUUUACUUUAUGUUGCUUUGAUACUUAGAAUUGUCAUUAUAAUUGACUGUUUUUCUAGGUGAACACUCAUCCAGUGUGGGUUCGUGCUGGGAGAAAGUUUGAUGAAAAAGCUGCAGAAGUCUUAAAUCACUAAGUCAAAUGUUAACUUGUCCUCAAAUAUUAGACUAUUGGUAGUUUCUGACAAGUGACAAAGAAAUCAACAACAUGGUUGAUACCAAUGUUAAAGGUUACUUUUUUUUUUUUUUUUUUUUUUUUCAAAAAUUCAGUUUUUAUGAUUGCCUCUAUUCAAUUUUCUCGAGAUUAACCCUUCAACCCCCACGAGACCAGUAUCAAAUGUCUCAGUUCAAUAUCACCCCUGCAUGAGACAGUAAGGUAUCAGGAACAGAAGAAAUGAUUGCUAACUAAAGAAGCUCUUGAUUGUUAAACAAAUUCUCCUUAACAGCAUUUUAGGAAAUAUGUAGAGAACAGUAGGGAGAAUAUGCAUACUGAUGUCAGGGUGUAGGGGGUUAAGCAUAUGUGAGUGGUAGAAUGGGUGGAGGAAUGGAAACAGUAUUGACUUGAAGCUGAGCUUACACAAUGCAUGUGUUGAUGAGAUUAGCAACACAAGGAAAGCUAAAUGUUGCAUUCAAAAGUUAUCUUGCUUCCCUUCACAAACUGGAAAAAAUAACGUGGAUAUAAAAUAUACAUAUUUAAUAGAAACAGACUCUCCUUUAGCAGACAGGUAUUUUCAAAUAUUUCUUUCAUGAAAAAUGUGACCAAUACUUGCAUACAAAGAAAGUUUUAAUAUAUUGUUGAUCCUGAAACAAAAUGAGUUGUACAGUGAAUUUGUGAUUCUAAUUGAUUCUUAAUAAAAUCUUAAAUCCACAUACAGACUUGACAUAAAAAUUUUUUUUUUUGAAAGAAAUCACUGAAAGCAUUUUGGAAUAAUCCAAAAAUAUCUU